AUGGUGUGUCCCGAUCCGGCGUUGGCGGGCUCAGAUCCGGCGGUGCUGCAUGUGGCGGCGGGCGAUACCGCGGUCAGCGGUGCUGCUGAUCAGCCGAUCCAAAAAAAUUCAUCGGCCGAUCGGCUGCCGCCGCCUCACGCCGCUCUCCCGCCGGCCGCGGCUGCCCACGUGCACCGGCUGCCCCGCGCGCUGCACCACGGAGCUGGGAACCCUCGUCCGGUGAGCCGCCGACCGCGCGCGCCCGCCCUCUACCGCGCGCCGGGUUCGAAACCCACCAAAAAAAUCCCCCGCGGCCGCAGACGCGUAAUCCGGCGCGAAGGCCUCCGCCUCCGCCUCCGCCUCCGCGCGACGGCCUCCAAUGCCGCUUCCGGGUCCGGCUCCAGCCUCCAGCGAGAGGCGGCGCUCAGGCGGGAGGAGGAGCCGCCCGAUCCGCUCCAUCCCUCACAGAUCUGCCUGGUCUCUCGCGGAUCUGUGUCGCCCUCGUGCUCGCAAACGCGGAGGCCGUGGCCCCGGUGGCCGGCGCCUGCCUGGGGUCCCCUCUCUGCCGGCUUCCUGUACCGGUGCUCGCGCACGUGGAGGCGCUGGCCGGUGACGCGGCAGGCCGACGUUGCCUCUGUGCCACGCUCGCGCGCGGAGGCGCUGGCCAACCGGCCGUGGCCACGGUGGCCGGCGCCUCUCUGCUGCGCGGGCGGCAGGCAGCACGGGUCUCCUCCUCCACCCCCGCGACCCCCACUGGCGCCCGUCCUCCAGACCGUCGCCGCCUUCUCCCGCCAUCUCCUCAUCGCCCCGGACGUUGGCCCUGACGACCACUGCCUCCGCCCCCCAUCGUCGCCACUGGAGAUAGUGAAGGUCGGAGGGCGCAAUACAGUUCUUGAGAAAGCAUCCGUGACUAAUGGCAUACCUUUUGUCUCGGAUGUGCCGACAAUCGUUUUUGGUGCUGAUGUUUCCCAUCCUCCGGCAGGAGAAGAGUCAUCGGCUUGUAUUGCCGCUGUCAGUUUCUUAGAUGGUGUGGCCUUUGAACAACCAAAGGUGUGCUACGAGGGAUGAGACGGUACUACUAGGGUUACCUAUGUGGAUGUGGUGCCAGAAUGUACCGCUGGACUGGAGGCAUCAAAAGUAUUUAAAAAAAAUUUCUCUAUCAUCCACCUAGUGUUAGAUGGUACAAGGUAAAAUGCUCAAAUGCUCAAGGUUCAGCACCUAGAACUUCAGCUUAAGGCGGUAUCUCCUGGUACCAGUUACCCGGUUCGCGCCACUUAGAUGACUCGGUGGUGAAUGGGUACUGGGGUGUACUGGGUAGGAGGUUGUAUGGAGUAUUAGUAAGGCGGAAGAGAAAUGUAUGUAGUAAAUAAUUUAGAUAUUAAUUGAAGUAUUAUAAACUCGAUUCUUAAAGAGUUUGUCUGUACAAGGAUGUACAAACAAGAAUAUGUAACAAAUUUUAUGCUUGUACAAACUAGUAUAAUUUAAAUAUUAAUUAAAACAUUUUAAAACAGAGUUGGUUC